AUGGUCAUAUUGAGCAAAAGACCCGAGACGGCCAAGUAUGACUUGGCCAGUGUAAAGCUUAUUACCUGUGGAGCUUGCACCGUUGUCGCGCAAGCUCCAGAACAAGGUAUCUCAGAAGCUUGGGGUUAUAGUACAACAAGGGCGGGAAAUGACCGAGGUAACUUCGGCUGCUAUGCAUGUUCCUGCAGCCACGCGCGAAACAAUUCUCCGAGAGACAUCGCCAUUGAGCGCGGAGACUGGUUUUGGAUCGUCGAUCGCAGAAAGGAGCUCAUUAAGGUCAACGCCCUGCAAGUCGCACCGGCUGAGCUAGAGGCCGCAUUGCUAGAACAUGAUGACAUCGCCGAUGCGGCUGUCGUUGGUAUGACAAUGUAA